CGUUCCCCCCUAAACUUUCACGUGUCACGCGACGGAGGCGCGCGAGGUAGUUAUGUCAAGGCGGCCUGGAUGAAAGAUCGCUCUUCUCCUGACGUAUAUGUGCAUUUUGGAAGAGCAAUAAUUGCACUAAACAGGAUGUCGGCAAACGGGCUGUCUUCCAGAAUCCAGCAGUUUUUAAACCCGGUGGAGCUCCAGAGAGUAGGCGUGCAGAGCCCGUUUCAACGACUAGCUCUGCAAAUGCAAGAUGUAUCUGGGGAUCGAGGAGUUUUGAAGGAGGUUAUCCAAAAUGGGGAGGGCCAAUUGAUACCAAUGGACGCCUCGGUGCUAAUUCAUUUCUCUGGGUACCUGGAGUAUUCUGAUCGGCCAUUUGAAUCUAACAACCGCUCAAAACAUCCACCGAUGAUGAAGCUAGGAAGAGACGUCACCUUGCCUGGUCUGGAGCUGGGGCUCCUGACGAUGAAGAAGGGUGAAUUUUCCCGCUUUCUUUUCCUGGCCAAAUACGCCUACGGGGAGAUGGGCUGCCCUCCGCUGAUCCCCCCUUCUGCCACCGUGCUGUACGAGGUGCAGGUCCUUGACUUUCUGGACUCUGCUGAAGCCGAUGAAUUUUUUGCGCUUACCCCGGAGCAGCAGAACACCGCUGCUCUGUCCACCAUGCUCAAAGUCGCCAACACAGAGCUUGGCUUCGGAAAUCGAUGCUUCAACCAAAAGCGCUACGGGGACGCCAAGGAGCGCUACAAGAAGGCAUUGACUCUGCUGCUAAACCGUAAAGCUGCUGAUCAGGGGGAGAGGAAUAGCAUUGCAGCCAUGAAGCUGCCUACCUUUCUGAACCUGUCGCUGGCCCUGCUGCGUCUGGAAAGGCCCGUCAAAGCCCUGAGAUACGGCCAAAAGGCUCUGGAUGUGGAGCCGCACAACGCCAAGGGCCUCUUCCGCUGCGGUCAGGCCUGUCUGGAAAUGCGCGACUACGAAAAGGCGCAAGAUUUUCUUCUGAUGGCUCAGGCCCAGAAGCCCUUUAACAAUGACAUCAACAACUUGCUGAAGAAGCUUGCAGCCUGCCUCAAGGACUCUGCAGACAAGGAGAAGGAGAUGUGCACCAGAAUGUUCGCUAAUUUCAAUGCAAUAUCAAAGAAGUGAAGGCUGGCCGUCUGGUGCUGAAAGCUUGACGUGCAAAGUCAGUCAUUCGAAAAGUAGAAAUUUACCAGCCAAAGAAACAAAAUUUGCUCAUGUUGGUGCUACUGCAAAGGGCUCCUCUUCAUUUCGAAUAACUGUUAAUAAGUUUAAUUUGUUCAAAUGUGAUCUGCAGUUUAUAUUUGUUUUUCACUUUCCAAGUUUGUUCAAUUUGACUUGUAUUACUGCAAAUAAAUUUUCAUUGCUGUCACCAGAGGGCAGUGUGGUACA